UUAUGUUCAGUCACAGAAAGCGUUAACAUUGUUUUUGCUAAACCUGCCUUGAUUUGUAUUUUUGAAGAUAAUUUUCGUUUUAGGUUAAUUUCAAAAUGAUAUUCCGAUACAUAUAUUUGUUAGAAUAAAUAAUUUUAAGCUCGUGACAUUCUAUUUUUCAUGAAAUGCAUUUAAGACAUUAUAAGCACCUAGAAAGAUCUAAUUUACGUCCGCUACUCACACACAAGAAAAACACAUACGCCCAAACAUAAACAUGCAGAUGCACAGACACACUGUCGAAUAGACAUAAACGAAGAAGACAAAAUGAAAUCUACCCAAGUGGAUGUUGAUGGAAUCCUACGUUCUCUGGGACAAACAGGUUUUUUCCACACCAGCCAAUGCAUUUUGAUUUGUGCAUCUCUAAUUGUAGCAUCGACAAAUAGUUUAUUCUAUAUAUUCUACGCCAUCACACCUGAAUACAGAUGUAAAAAUCUUACAGAAUUUCAGCUCAAUCAAUACAAUAUAUCAAUCAAUGAAGUAAGUCUAAAAUAUGAUAGAUGCUCCAUAGACAUCAUCAACCGCGAUGAAGAGAUUACUACCGGAAACCAAACUCUGGACUGCCUCAAUGGUUAUUACUAUACCACGCCCGUGGAUAAGUCUAUAGUGUCACAGUGGGACUUGCUCUGCAACAGUGUAGGACUGGCUGAAUCAACUCAGAUGCUUUACACUUUUGGUCAAAUGGUUAGUGGUCUAUUAGCACCAUGUUUGAUUGAAAAAUUCGGACGAAAAUCUAUAAGAGUGUUAAGUCACAUCUUGCUGCUAGUUUUCAACUUAAUCGCAUCAUAUUCUCCGUAUUAUUGGUUGUUUACAACAAUGAGAUUUUUGAUUGGAGGAGCUCGUGAGCUAUAUUUUCUUAGCUCCCUUGCUCUGGUAUGCGAGCUAUACCCACAGGAAAAACGUAUCAUGGUGUCUGGAAUAUUUAUGUGUACCUGGGGAUUAUUUAGCUCUUCUCUUGGGUUGAUAGCCUACCUGUUAAAAGAUUACGGUUGGAACACGUUAUUCUUGUUUAAUACUGUCAUCUCAGGAUACUUUCUUGUGGAUUUCUUUUUCCUGAAGGAAUCUGUCCGGUGGCUUUUUGCCAACUCGAAAGUAAAAGCAGCCGAAAAAAUUAUCAAACAAGCAGCAAAACAGAACAAAGUCGACUUUGAUAAAGUCUGGAGCAUAACUUCAGAAAAUACUUCACAAGAAGUUGAUGGACACAUGGAAGAAACCAGUCUUGAGUGUCGAAAUGGUAACUCCAAAGUCCAACAAGAUGUCACAACUGUUGCCCAACAUACACAACUACAAACUGAAAAAGAAUCCUCACUGCUUGUCAAGUUACUUGCUAUCUUUAAAUCACCCUAUCUGAGGAAAGUAACCAUCGUUGUGUCUAUAGAACGGGCUGUAAAUGUAAGUUCAUGGAACAGUGUUUUUCAAAUGAUGGAAGUUUUUGCUGGCAACAUCUAUCUCAAUUCUUCUGUGGUGGCUUUAUUUGAGGUAUUUUCUAAUGGAAUUUACUCUGUGCUAGCAAGAAGGUAAUUAAUAUGUACUAUUAAAAUAAUUUGAGGGAAUGGAG